AAAGUCUAAGUGUUGUACUUCAGUGCAACGACCUGCAUAUAGAUGAAGACCAAAGACACCAGAGUAUCUUCAGAAUCCUUCGCCACGAUGACGAUGGACUCCGAUGAGAAUACCGACUCCACCGCCGCUAGCGACGCCACAGACUCCCUGAACAGUCUGAUAGACAGGGAGAAGAGCAUAGACGAUUGCAUAGACAACUGCAUGGAUGUCAAGUGCUCUCUGGCUGAGCAAUGUCCCGUCACUUGUGAAGAUUCAAGCUCAAAGGAUAAAGGGAGGAAGAGCAUAUGCUGCAACACGGUGGCGCAGUGUGUGUGGGGACUAAUGCUGAUGUUCCUGUCGGUGAGCGGGUUCGUGUACACGCCGCUGGACGUCAUGUUGCGGGAGAAACUCAACAUGAGGCCUGGUUUCCCCCCCUACGAGUGGUGGGCCGACCCCCCCGACGAGGUUCGCCUGCGCGUGUACGUAUUCAACGUCACCAACCACGACCGGUUCAUGGCUGGACUUGACAACAAGAUCAACGUCGAAGAAAUUGGGCCUAUAGUCUAUUUAGAAAAGUUGCUCCAUUCAAACAUACAGUUUAACGAGAACAGUACAAUGACGUACACAGCGAAGCGAUACCCCAUCUACCUUCCAGACCAGAACAGCAUAGACCUAAACUCGACGCUCGUGGUGCCCAACCUCGCUCUGUUGGGUAUAUCCUCGUAUCUCCACUCAGCCAAUUACUUCGUUCUAACUGGGUUCCGUCUGCUGGCGUCCUCUCAUCAAAGCGAGGUGUUCACCAAGAAGACAGUCUACCAGUACCUGUGGGAGUACCGGGAGAGCAUCCUGGACACUUCGAAGAACCUCGCCCCUGGAUUGGUGCCUGUAAACAAUAUGGGCAUGCUGGCCAGGAUCUACGCAGACUUCACAGACGAGGUGACAGUGAAGGUGGGCGCGCAGUGGGGUCACGAGGAGUUCUUCCAGAUUGACAGGUUCCGGGGCGAACCGCAGUUACCUGGUUAUGAUCCUAACGUGUGUCCAGACCGCAUCGCCGGCUCGUCGGAAGGCGUGAUGUACCACCAGAGACUCUCCACGAGCGACGUGCUGCUCUACUGGAGGAAGACUGUUUGCAAGCUGAUGCCGCUGUAUUUUGACAGGAAGCUAGUGGUGGACAACGUGCCAGUAUACAGAUACAAUCUGUCGGAGAGCGUGUUCAGUAGAGUCACCAACGGCAGCGACUGCUAUGACACCACUCCUGGGCUGCCAGAGGGGUUGAGCGACGGCUCCAAGUGUUACUAUAACUUCCCCAUGGUGGUGUCCUACCCCCACUUCUACAACGGGCAGCCGGCCCGAGACACGUACGUGACGGGCCUCGAGCCGGACAGAACUAAACACAAUUCCUACAUUGUUGUCGAACCACUGACAGGCACCCCGUUCAGAUCCGUGGCGCGGAUGCAGAGCAACCUGCGCAUCCACGACCUCACCCGCUUCGGCCCCCCCUACAACAAGUUCUCCAAUCUCGUGCUCCCGUUAUUUUGGGCUGAAUACAACCAAGAGGGACUACCAUCACACAUACGAAACACUAUUUACUUUAUGGCAGUGAUCCUACCUCCUCUCUCAUAUGUAAUACUAGCUUUAACACUCCUUUUAGGCAGUUAUUUGUUAGCAAGAAACAUAUACAAAUAUCACUUGAAGAGUGAGACAAUAAACUCCAUAUUACAAUAUAAAAGUAAAAACAGCGAUAUAGCGAAUAAAAACUUGUUUAUUGUUGAAAAGGAGGCCUUUUUGAAAAUACCUAGUUAACAUAACACAAGCAAUUAUAUUUUUUUAGAAUAUUCCAACGAAGACUGAAUUAUAUAGUACGUUUAGUACACUGUUUUGGCUUGACAUACAGGCAGAAAAAAAAAAUUACAAUCAAUACGAACAAAAGUCAAAAUUGCCGCCAAUUUUUUGUCACAGCUUGUUUGUUGCCAGCUAAAAAAUAGUACAAUUUCUUCUACAAAAAGAUUGUUAAAAAUGUAUGUACCCUUAAAUUUUUGUUUCUUUGUAACUUUCGUGGCAAACACUCAAAAUAUACACUACAAAUACCUAACAGACAAGUAAAAUAACAAUAAGUGUAUUCGUUUAUGUUGAUCACCUAAAAAAUUAAACAGUCUGUGAUUUCAAUCAUAUUUUAGUUAAAUCUUAUUUUACUUCGAUCGCGAUCUUAUCUAACAAGGGAAGUAUAUUUUAAUUACCUAUUAUAGAAUAUUGUAAAUAUUUAGACAAUUCUUAGAAAAUUAUUAACUUUAACGUUAAGGUAAACAAUGUGGGGUAGUAGUUUGUAGCUGUGAUUGUUCCUAAAAUUAUUGUUGUUAAUUGCUCACAUUAGCAUGUAAGUUUUUAAAGAAAUAAAUAAAAUGUUCUAUUAUUA